AACAGUCCCAGCUAACGGAGGGCAGACGGCCUUCGGAGGUCCGGAGGAGGCCGGACGAUCUCCCUUGAGGGGGAGCGUUCUCUUUUCGGAUGAAAGGAUUGCUGGGAAGAAAACUGAUUCUGGAAAAAGAAAACUGCAGGGACGAGCAGUUCAAGAUUUCUUCUGUGGACCUGGAAGACCAGCCCCUGCUGGGCGGGAUUUCGAGCACGGAGGAUGAAAUUGUCACGGAGAUCUUCAGCCAAGACACUCAGUUCAUCUCGGAGAACAUUAACCUGAAAAGCGCCGUGAUCAGCAAGCACGAUGACGACGAAGACUUCCACUCCUUCAAGGACUCGUACUUCAGCGCGGCCGACCCCCGGGAGACGCUGCUGCACUCGUUCAACCCCCCGCUCAACGCCGACUGCGGCGGCAAAGUGAAGGUGGAGCGCCUGGUGGACGACAACAACGAGGACGAGAUUCUCGAAGACUACUCGGGGCUGCCCGAGCUCAACCCGCUGGAGGAGACCAUGCUGCCCUCCCCGUCCCAGCUGCAGCCGCACGCCUACAACGUGCACUUCCUGUCCUCCCUGAGGACUCAGCACAGGAACCCCCCCAGCGUCCUGCCCCUGGGGGCCUGGGCAGCCCGGGAAGGAGCGGCUCAUCACAACGUCCGAGUCAUUCCAGUGGAGAUAAGGGAAGCGGUUGGUACCAUUACUGCUAACAACCAGGAGGAGGCUGUUUUUCAGAAUACCCAUGCCCAGGAGGGCUGCUGCAAGUUCCCCCCAUCACAAGAACCAAUGGAAAAUUCUAGCUGUUCACAUAAGAAGGAGUCUAACCCAAUGGUAAUAUGUCAAUUGAAAGGGGGCACACAAAUGCUCUGCAUAAACAAUUCGGGCACAAGGGAGCUCAAAGCCGUUCACUUGGUUCCUCAGUAUCAAGAACAAAAUAAUUACCUGCAGCCAGAUGUGCCUAAACCUUUGACUACCUUAGUUGGAAGAUUUCUGCCAGUACCAGCUAAAUUAAAUCUUAUCACACAACAACUUGAUAAUGGCACCUUAUCAUCUGUAGUAAAUGGAACCACCUUUCCUUCAGGAUCAAAUCUUCAAGGGCCAGCAAAAAUCACUUUAGCUGGAGUAACUCUUAGUUCAUGGGACUCAAAGUCUAAAAAGCCAUGUAACUGUACCAAAUCCCAGUGUCUGAAAUUGUACUGUGACUGCUUCGCCAACGGGGACUUCUGCAACAACUGCAACUGCAACAACUGCUACAACAAUUUACGCCACGAAAUCGAGCGGUUUAAAGCCAUUAAGGCCUGUCUUGAUAGAAACCCGGAAGCCUUCCAACCCAAGAUCGGGAAAGGGAAAUUGGGGGAUAUUAAGCCUCGCCAUAACAAAGGAUGCAACUGUAAGAGGUCAGGCUGUCUGAAGAAUUACUGUGAGUGCUAUGAGGCCAAAAUUAUGUGUUCUUCUAUUUGCAAAUGUAUUGGUUGCAAAAAUUAUGAAGAAAGCCCGGAACGCAAAACUCUGCUGAACAUGCCCAACUGUGUGGAGAUUGGGGGGCCUGAAGGCAGCCAUCUUUUCUCGCCAUCGAAAUUUGCCGUGUUGCCCAAGUUCAGGAAGGACAGGCAGCCCUACACCUGCAUCUCCUGGGAGGUGGUGGAAGCCACGUGCGCCUGCCUGCUGGCCCAGGGGGAGGAGGCCGAGAAGGAGCACUACUCAGAGUGCCUGGCGGAGCAGAUGAUCCUCGAGGAGUUCGGGAGGUGUCUGUCCCAGAUCCUCCACACGGAAUUCAAAUCCAAGGGGCUGAAAGUCGAGUAGACGGGCAGCGCGCCCAAGUCUCUCCCGUGACAAUGACCCGAAUGGACUCUUAUCAUCCCCUGGAGCCCGAAGGGCGUCCCUUGGGCCCACAAAUGUAGGAAAUUGAUUGACUAGAGCAGCAAAUGUCUCCAUGUGUCCACCAUUACCUGGGGGAGGGGGUUGUGGACUCCCAGCAUCCUUGCUAGCUCUGGAUUGGGAAACGGUCCCAUAGAGGCUGAGCCUUUGGCAGGAAAAUCAAGACUGGGACCAGUUCUCCGGACCUCGCCCUCUCCAGAGAAUUCCCUUACAGACAGACUCUGCUCCGCCCUGACAAGCUCAGGUAAUGAGCGCUUUGGAAAUCUUUGGAUGGGCGUUUCCCACCGGGCCCUUAUGCAACAGCCAUAAUUGCUGAAGAACCAAGAAUUGCUCUGAGAAUGUCCGUAGUGUUAGCGUCCCCAGAAGUCACUCAGUGACUCUGCUUGGUCUAGUGGCACCUGUGGCUCUUGGUGCCCGGGGCUUUUUCUAGAACUUGCUGAUCUGGCCCUGGGUGGUUUCUCUCGAGUUCCCUUUUUCAAUGAGUUUCUGCAUUGUUAGUGCGUUAGGUUGUUAUUAUUACUGUGGUUUAUAAAAUCUAGGUAAAGGAGGUUGCCUUAAUGAGCAGACAGGCUGUAUUAGCCCCGGGCCUCGGGACAUCCACAAAUACUGGAAAGGACUGGAACAUCUCCCCACUGAAACAUGUCAUGGAACACCCUCCCUCCCGUCUGUCAUCGGGGCUCAGUGACAACAGCUGCCCCUAGAGAGUGACAGACCAACAAUGUCCUAUUCCCGUGGACACAGAAGCAGCUGAAUCAGCCAUUCCAGAAAGCUCUGCCUCUGUUUCCUCUUUGGUUUUAGGGCUGACUCUUUGCUCACAGCAGGUCCCAAGUCUCCAUCAGGGAGAAGGAUAACACACAGUCCCCGGGGAGAGACUCCUUACAGAGAGAGGGGGAACCCUCGGUCCUUUCCCUAGUCCAGGCCCCACAUAACAUUCGAGGGACUGGAAUCUUUAAGAAAAGGCCCAAGGCUGGUGAAGGGAGUAGAUGAGCUCAGCGAGCAGCUCUCUGUAUCCGAGUCCUCCUGGGUUCCCCAUGGACUCUGACUGAGUCAUGGAGGCCCCCGGUGCAUCCUCUGCAUUUAGUGACACUGACAGAGUGGGGUAGGGAUGCUUGAGGCUUGAUGGAAGUAGUGGAGGAGGACACGGCUCUGAAGCAAACCUUGAGCCCAACAAACAAGGAGUCCACCGCAGCCUUGGCUGCAAAGUUCUCUGAGAUGGCAGAGAGAGGGGAGGAAGCUGGAAGACCAGGCCAGGUCAGGUGCCGCUCUCUGGGGAAGGGGCUUUCUCAGGUCAGACUUGGAGACUGCCUCCCUCUCAUGGCUGAGCUGCCGGGCAGGGACCGGGCAUUGGGUGCCCGCUGCAGCCAGGCCUUCCUCAACCAAAACUGGGAGGAAAGCCUGAGAGCUCGCUCUCCUCCUCUGCCUCGAGGAGGGCCCCUCCUGCUAGACCUCCAGAGAGAGAGAACCUGCCUGAAUCCAAUGGGGGAAGAGCCAGCCCCGUACCUGAGUCCGAGAUGAAAAUCUCUUUAAGUGUGAGCACAUGUGCACACACACACACAUACAUACAUACAUACAUAUACAUGUGUGUGUGUGUGUGUGUGUGUGUGUGUGUAAAACACUACUGCAAUGUAGAUUAUCUAGGAUCACCAAAGACCAUACAAUUAUACUUUAUCUCCAAUGGGAAAAACUGGUAACUUCUUAUUCAAAAUAUGUGCUCUUAUUUCAUGCUGUGUAAGAAAUCUGGGAUUGUAAACACAUCCUCCCCCCCCCCACACACACACACACACACCUUCCAGCCUCACCUGGUCCCUCUCCAGAACUGGGCAGGACACCAGAAACCCUCCCGAUAAAUGUUGACAGGCUUCUCCUCCGUCCCUUCCUCUCACUGAUUGCUAGAAGCCCAGGGCUGGCCAGAAUUGGCAGCUCUGUCUUGUUCUCAGUCAUUUGGCAAUGGUACCAUUUGCUCUCUUCUCCCGGCUGCCUCGGUGAUCAGAGAAGUAGAAUGGGCUGCCAUGAGCAUGUGCCUGGAAAAUGAGACCAAUUCCAGUUAUAUUCUUGCUUGCAUAGCUCUACUUUUAGUUUUACUUAACUGGAUGAACCCACUGAGUCCUAAAUGAGAGAGAAUUGAGAAGGACCCAAGACCAUCAGCACUGCUUGCUCCCUGGGAAGGCUUCCUUCUGAUUCUCUGGGAGUGAACUUGUCCUUCUCCCUUGGAAGAGAACUGAGUCCAUACAGAACCCCAAAUGCAAAGCUUUCUUGUAUUUCCCUGCAAAAGAAAUUAGGAGCUUGAGUCCUUCCCAUGGCCCAGUGGGCUGGUGUCCAAAGACAGGAGAAGGGGCGGUUGGGAGGGGGAGGAUGGGCAGAGCAGCGCUGCUGGGCUCCCACAUUGGCGUAGAUAUUUCUUAGCUCCCCAUCGACAGAAGUGGGUGGUCAGAACUGGCCAAGCCAUUGCAGCCAAUGGAUUGGGGGGAGGGGAACUUCCUGUUCUCAGAGGUCAGGAUGGGCUCCUCGGAGUCAGAGGUGAGGAUGAUUUGCCUUCAUACAAAAGGAAACUGAGUUGUCCGAACUGAGAAGAUUGUCUCACUGGUCACAAUCCUAGUGGCCACCGUUACCUCUCUAACCUUGAGGUUUUUUCUUCUACUUAGUAUUGGUUUAACCACUUAGCUGCUAUAAUUUACUGACUUGGUAAAAGAAUUCUGUGAUAGCUAAUAGAAAUGGUUUUUUCUUUAAUUCUUGUUAUUCUUGAAUACUUAUUUUUGUAAUAAGCAAAAAUUAUCAGGGUUAUCCCUCGAUAUAAUAAAGUAAAACAAGACAGUUUUCUUUCAUAGUUAGUGUAUCAGUAGCUUGUAUAAAUUGCCUGGGAUUAAGUGUGUGUUCUCUUGAUUUGGGCAAUAUUUAAUACCCAAUUUAGCUGUAGUCUAUACUUUAGACUUCACUGUGGCUCAGAUUAUUUAUUGUUAUA